GCACUACUUAGUCUCCCCCUGGCUGACAGAACCAUCGACUGUAUCUAAGCACUCCACUCAUAAUUCAGUUCCAUGAAAAAAGCUGGCAAGUCACCAUCUCCCAAGAAGAUGAAGCAGAGAACUUUGGCCGAUUGUCUAUUUCCAUCUUCUCCGCCUCCAAGUUCGCCUCCAGCACCUGUGAAGAAGAGACAGGCGAAGCGGAAACCCAAGAUUAUUGCUAUUGACUCGGACGAAAGUGACGAUGUAGCACAGGAUAGCGAUGUUGGCGCGAUCAAGUUUGAACCUGAAGUCAUCGACAUCAGCGAUCAAGACGAUUCUCCACGCCGACCGACUAGUAAACGGCGCAAGAAAUCCCUCGUUAUUACAGACAAUUUUCCAGUUGCAGCAGCAAGUGAUGACUCGCUGGAGGAUCAUAUUGGCAUACCUACGCGAUGGAAAGGGAAUAAGAAGGGAAAGAGGAAAGCAAUAGCAGAUUCUGAUGAUGAAUCUCAACCUCGUAAACGAAAGUUGGUCAAGGGUGCCAGACCUCCAAGUCCUGAAGGAAGUGUUAUCGAUGAAGUCGAUGAGAAUGAUAUCAUCGAGUCGCGUCUUCGCGCUCGCGACAAGAAAACAACAUUCCAAAAACAUCUUGAGAAGUUGAAGAGUCUCAAGGACAAGAAACGCUCAGGGAUCAACCUUGAGCUUGAAUCCUCAGAAUCGGAUGCCGAGCAGUCGGAAGGCUCAGUGGUGCGACCCUUCAAGGGUGCGCGACCAGAUCGUGGUCAAGAAUCUGAGUCCUCUAGUGGGGAACAUGAACAAUCAGAUGGAGAUGAUAACUUUAUUGUUGAGGAUGACGAACAGGGUGUUUCGACUAUGCAAUUACCCAUCGCCUUCAGCAUGAACACCCAUCAAGAUCUCGCCCAUCAAUUCAAGAUCAUCUGCCAGUUAUUUGUCCAUAUGGCUGUUCGGUCUUCUUCUGACAGACGCCCAUUCAUGAAGAAGAUGUUAGAAGCGGAUGAAUAUUUCUCUGUCCCGCUUCAAGUAGUUCGACGGAAAUUAUCUGGGAUGAAAGACUCCUUGGUCACGUCCUCGGUCUGGAAACCCCAAUUCAAGAGGCCGCUUGAGAGAUACCCUGACUUUCAAUUAGUAAGAAUGGAGUUCAGCGCUCCUCAGUGUGAUGCUUGUAAUCUAGGUGGGAGAAUAUCCUCGCUACUUGGCCGAGUGAGUGGCAAGCCAUAUGAUAAAUAUGAUUACGAGUCCGAGUCAGAGGACGAGUCGUCAUCAGACAGUGAUUCUGAUGAUGAUAGCCACGAAUCUUCUGGAAAGCAGUUUUAUCUCGGCCGCUUCUGCGCUUCUCGGACCCAGGUUUUCCACGAGUUCAGUCACUGGGAGUAUCGCUUGUAUCGAUCUUUGUUGCGGGAGAUCGACGAAGUUCUUGACGACAAUCACGGGUUUGUCCGAAUCGCUUUUGGAGGGGGUAUCAAACCUCCCAAAGAUAUGCGAGAUGCAGAUAAAGUGAUGGACUGGCUUGAUCAGCGUGGAUUAGUCGAGUUCGAGUGGCAGAGAGUUCGCCAGAUGAUGGAUAACGCGAGGAAUCUUGAAAUGCGUGCAAAGAGGGGAGGCGAUCUGGACAAUCAGGAUUGACCAGGAUAUCUAACUUGACCAUAUUCGUAUAUCCAUUAUCUUUGUCCACACUGUAACUUCGGGCAACGUUUUACUUGAAUGCUACACAAGUACAUUUAGGGGUGGC